AUGAAUCCGCUUGACGGUACAGAUGAAAAGGUAAUUAUUGAGAUCCUGUCCAGUCAUUCGUCAGAUCAGAGGCAACAAAAGGAGAAGUAUAAGGCCGUGUAUGGCAAGGGUCUGGAAGAAGUGCUAAAAGGAGAACUGAGUGGGAAUUUUGAGAAGACAGCACUGGCCCUUCUGGACCAGCCAUGGGAAUAUGAUGCCCACGAGCUUCGGAACGCAAUGAAGGGGGCAGGGACUAAUGAAACAGUAAUGAUCGAGAUCCUCUGCACAUGGGCCAAUGAGCAAAUUGUAUCCAUAAAGAACACCUACCAAGAGUAAGUGAGAACUUUCAAGAACUACAAAGUCUUUGAUAGGUAUCUGGAAUCUGAUGUCAAAAGGGAUACAAAUGGAUCACCGAGGAAGCUGACAGGUAAAGACAUAGGUGUCAUUAAGAGUGAAACAUCGGGGGACCUCAAGAUGGUAUAUCUAACUCUUGUGAGAUGCGCCAAGGACUGCCAAGCUUAUUUUGCCACUCGUAUACAUAAAUCCAUGAAGGGAACAGGAACUGACAAGGAGACUUUAAUUCGGAUCCUGGUGACAAGGGCUGAGGUUGACCUUCUGUCAAUUAAAGAAAAGUUCCAGCAAAUGUAUAAGAAGUCCCUGGCUGAGGCCAUCAAAUCUGACACAUCAGGAGAUUUUAAGAAGCUGCUGGUUGCAUUGCUGCAUUAAAUCUCAACCCUGCUUGAUUCCUGUAUAAAAAGUGUUCUCACCAUUUUUUCUUUUCUUUUCAAAGGACGCUGGUUUCUUGUUCUUUGCAGGCAUGGAUCAUUUAAUGAGCAAAUUUGCGGACUUUGUGAGUGUCAGAUUUAUGACAGGGUAUCACCUUGCAUGUCCUUCCAUCAUUUUCUUUACCUUUUUUUAAAGCUGUCAUAUUUCUUUAUGUGUAACCUGGAUAGGAUACGAUUUAAACCCUGAAAAGAAAUUCACGGUCAGCAAUUUGCUCUGUAAAAAGUAAUCUGAUUGCACAGACACUCAUUUUUGGUUCCUUCCUUAUUAUUUCAGAAAAUUGUGUACUUUAUAAAAGAUACCCAAAGCAAGGAAUGAAGUGAGCAAAAUAUUUAAUUUCACCAUUCCCCUUUUCCAGUACACUGAGCCUUCAAACAAGAUGGCCGCUGUUUCCAUAUGCUUGAUUGGUGUUCACUUUCUGCAUUAUUUAUAAUUUCAAUAAUAACAUGGUAUAUCUCACCACUGUGGUGCCCAGGUUUCCUUUGGGCCUCUUUCACACACAGACUGAUUUGGUCAUGCUGGCUGGGAUAUUCUGGCUGUUUACACUCAAGAAAAGUAGUACAAUAGGGCCCUCAUAUCCACAG